AUAACAUAACGAUAUGGAUAAAAAAAAAAUAAACAUCACAUCAUUCGAAGAUUUCUAAUCAUUUAAUAUUUUUUGGUCAAAUUAUUAUUAAAAGAAUAUUAAUGCAGUGGCAAUGGUUUCAUAUAACUUUAAGGAAUUAAGAAAAAGUUCUUCUAUGGUUUCAAUUAAACUGGGUAAAUUAGAUUUAAUGGUUUUAAAAGAAAUUCUGUUAGUUUUUUUUUUUAUUAAUGAAAUCAGUAUAAAACAUUUGCAUUCACGCCAGUGUUUCAAAUUCGUUUCACCUGUUUUUUGGUCUUUCGUAUGUUUUUUUUGUUCAUGAUUCCUUUCUCUUAUCGUGACACCUUACAUUCAACUCAUAUGAAAAUAUAUUUUAAUUUUGUAAAUUAUUGACAAAUACCACGAAGGAACAUGUUUGUUUACGGAAAUGGUAUGCAAGUGAAAGGAAUUCAUAUUAUUGUAGGGGUGUCUGAUUAACUAGCGUUAAUGUGUGUUGUUAAAUCCAUAACGCAAAUUUUCUUUCUUUAUAUCACUACAAGCGUUUAUAAGCGUUGAGUACUCUUCUAUUAACAAUACAAUUUUUUUAUGACCUGAAAAACCGAUUUUUUUCAUAAUGCCAAACAAACUAGAAGGUAAAUUAAUUUUGUAUACAAAACCUGAUUACUCGUUUUUUCUUGUUGCUCUUUAUCAUCCAAUAGUAUAGAACAUUUUUUUUUUUUUGAAAUCAUUCUUUUUGAAUUAAACCAAUACUCUGUUUAGCAUUCUAACGUUUUUACGAAAACGGAAAAUAACUACAAUUGUUUAAUUGUUUCUCGAUUUAAACUUUUUCUUGUAUUUCCUUUAAAUUCAUCAUAUAUCACAUCAACCUAAACAAACAAAAAUUGCUGGUUUCGGUAUCCUUUUAAAUUACUUUAAAGCACAUCUUUCAUUAAACGGAAUUACUCGGUUUCAUUGUAUCCAAAAACUAUGAAUGAAAUAGAGAAUCAAGAUGAUGCGUCUGUAUCCUGCAUUUCAUCCUUUCAUCGUCGUAAAACAAGCCAAUGUGAAUGGAUUGACAUACUCCCUAUUUGUACAGCGAAUUAUUUAGAUUUGAAAUCUAUUAUGACAUUAAGAAGAACAUGUACUCAAAUGUAUUAUACGAAGAAAUUCAGUUUAUCUCACUGUAUUUUUGAUAAUUUCUCAACACUUACCGAACAGGAAUUUCUUUUUCAUGUUUUGCCUUGUCUAAGAAAAUUUUUAACAGCUCAAAGUAUGGAAAAGUUAAAUUUCUCUCAUUGUUGUUUACUUACCGAUACUUUUCCCAUUUCCCUCAUCCAUUCAUUUCUUAAUACAUGUUUUUUUAAAACGUUAAAAGCAUUAUAUUUUGAUUUUUGUUAUACCCUUACCGAUAAAUCAUUAAAAGUUUUAUUAGAAACCAGACUACCUUCCUUUGAAAUUCUAAGUUUUCGUUGUGCACGGUCACGAGAUCUUACAGGAGCACCUUUUAGUAUUGUAGGAUUAUUAUCCAGUUCACGGUGGCCUCGAUUUCAUCAGCUUUCUUGUAGUUGCACUCAAGUUAAUUUAACACAUCUUGAUUCGGUUGCCGAAUUCCUAGCAGAAAGAGCUACAGAAUUAGCAGUUACACCCAAAUUAAGUAUAUCAGGAAGCUUGGCAAGCAAUAGUUUAAUUCGUCGUUUAGGACUAGAAAGAGCACAUGAACAAUUUAUUGAUGCUAUUGUUGUCAAAGGAACUCUUCAACAUGUUGAAGAAGCAUGUCUACUAUUUCAAAAAUUGUGGUAUCAAGCAAUGGAGACCGAUGAGAAUAAAUCUAAAGUAUUACAUCGCUUAGUAUUUCAUCGCGCUAUUACAAUAUUGGUGAACGCUCCAUGUUCUGUAGCGGUAGUUGAUGAUGGAAAAGGUCAUGAGAAGGUUUUUUGUUUUUUACAACAUCGGCAGAAGGGAGUCAAACAAUCUUGUAAUAAUGAGGAUGGAAAUAAUAUCAAAGUUGAUAAUUUUUUGAAUCAUUCAAAUAAAACCACAACAUAUGCUAUGGACUCGUCAUGUGCGAAGGAUUUAUGUCCGUUAAAAGAUUUUCAAAGUCUCGCAGAACAGGAUAUGUCACAUUUCGUUCAUUAUUUACGUUGGACGUAUCCUUUACCCAUUGCUGUUCGGUUGGGUAAUUUACCUUUAGUCCACUAUUUAAUUAAAAAAGGAACUUAUGUGGAUGUAUGGGGAUACAAUUUCGCUACACCUUUAUAUACUGCGGCAUCUCAUGUUUUAUGCAACGAUAAAAUUCUAGUGAAUACAUCAUCUCAGGAUGUUGAAGGAUCACAGGAAAAAAAGAAACACAUUGACAGUCUAGCAGACCAUUCUACUAGUGAAGCGUUAAAACAAAAUUCUUUACUUUCUGAAAAUAAUUCAAGAUUAAAAAUGGUUUAUCUUCUUUUAAAAAAUGGGGCUCCCGUCGAUGCUCCAGAUUUAUAUUCAGUUAAAUGUCCUAUUAACGCCGCUAUUAAAAAUGAUAAUCAAGAUUUGCUCGAAUUGUUUUUAGCUUGUGGAGCUACGGUAAAUGUGCGAAUGUUGAAUCAAAAUAUAAUUCCACCUCUAAUUCAACUAUCUAAGCGUCAACAACAAAAAAAAAGAACUGUGAAAGGUUUAGCGCGGCUUGGAUAUAAGUCACCUUUAUUUGUUGCUUGUGAAUUACAAGCAUGGCGUUGUGUUUCCGUGUUAUUAAAUCACAAAGCUGACCCGCAUUGGAGGGAUCCUUUCAGUUACCGAAAUGUUACUCCUACAUUAUUAGCGUAUCGUAAAAAUUCAGCGAUGCUACGUUUAUUUGUGCUCAAAGGUGCUGGAAGCACAGAAGAAACAAGAUGGGUUCUUUCUGAAGUUUUAGCUGCCGCUAUAUUACAAGAUGAUGUUCAAACAAUCUCCUUUCUUAUAGGUACAUAUCCUGACUUAAUGUAUCGAGAAUCCAGUGGUAUGUGGUCAUUACCCCUUCAUCAAGCCUCACGUUUAAAUAAAAUAGCUCUUGUUCAACGCCUUUUACAACUUGGGAAUGAGCCGAAUGUUACAAAUAAUGAAAGUUUGACACCACUUCAUUUUGCUUCUAGUGAAGGAAACAGACACAUCAUUGAACUCUUAGUUAAGAACGGAGCUGACGUUGAUAGGAUAGGUGGACCUCAGUUAAAUACGCCUUUACAUAUGGCUGUCGAAGAGAAUCAUAUUGAAGCUGUUGAACUGUUAUUGAAAUUAAAUGCAAAUGUUACUAUAAAAAAUAUUGCUGGGAUGACACCUUUGAUGGUGGCUAUAGUUGCAAGGCAUGAUAAAGUUGCACCUCUUUUGAUUCAACAUGCAUCUGUUGAGGCUUUAGAUACAUUAGAUGAUAACAAUCGUUCGGCAUUGUUCUACGCUAUUCAUUUUUGCCAAUUUAAAGUUGCCGACUUUUUAGUGGACAAGGGUGUUUGUCUUCAACUUACUGAUUCAGCCAAUGCAACAGCUGAAUCACUUUUACUUGAAAAAAUCCAUUCCUUUAAAAAAACAAAUUUAUCAUUAAAUAAAUUGUUUUGGAACUUCGUUAAUGUAACUUCAAAAGCUAAUACAUAUCAUACAACAGCCUUGACUGGCAAGCUUGAAAACAGCGAGUGUUUUAAAGCUUACGGACGGUCCAUGUGCGACGCUGAGAAACAACAACCAGAUCAAGCAUUAGAUGAAAGUGUUAAAAAACUAACCAAUAAAAGAAAAAAAUUAGCAAAACAACUUUUAACAAAAAUUCGAUCACGUUUUAAAAAACCUCACUGUACUACAGCUGGUUUGACAUCCAAUUUUCUAUCAACUAGUUUACCCCAUGUUGUUUACCCCCACAUAAUGUCUCACAAGUCUCAGCAAAUAGCCACUGGUCACAUCUCGUCUUCCUCCUCUCAGACCAACCAAAGCGAUUGAUUUGAAGAAAAAACUUUACGAUUUUUGUUAAUGUAUCAUGUGGAACAAAUAAAAAAUUGUAUUAAGUCAUACCAGAUGGCACACCGAAUAGAAUGAAAAUGGUUUUAGAUCAUAUUUCCCUUUUGUCCCACUAGCUUUUUCACGUAAACCAAAUUUUUUUUUUUCGUUUAGCAUAAUUAAAUAAAAUUGUUUAACAUAUUUUUUAAAGUUUUUCGUUUACACCAUGUAGAAACAAAUUAGAGAUAGUAAACUAAAAGGUGUUUUUUUAUUUAGGCAAGAAGAAUAAAGAAAAUAGUGACGUUUUGUGUGUUCGUUAAAUGAGUGAAUUAAAAGUAUAAUGUUUUGUUACAUAAAAACAAAGUUUUCGUAACGAAUAAAAUAUAUAGACAAAAAGACUGUUUGAAAAAGAAAGAAAUUUUGUAGUUUAGGAAAAAUAAAUUUAUAUUAAAACGUUAACAAUUUAAAAUAAAAAGUACUCAUGAUUAAAUUUUCGCCCCUUGUACUAAGCGAAUCAUACAAAAAAAAAGCUAGAGUUUAAUAUUUUUAACUUGAUUUAAAUGAAACGAGGCGGUAAAUAAGUUUUUAUUUGAUGUUAGCGUUAACAGAUAAUACCAUCCUACUAAUAAAUUUAAUCUGAAAUAUUCAGAGUUUUGAAGAAGUUUUUUUUUUUUUUUAACGAAAAUUAUUAUCUUUUAAAUUUUUUUAGUUAACAAUAAUAUAGUGAAACGUUUUUAAUGCGGAUAAUCGAAUAUUU